UAGACAUUAAACGGAACCAUACCAAAAAAGGGACUCACUCAUCGACAACUACCGGAGAUGCUGGUAAUUAGACCGGCAACCGCCGUUCCCAUUCCCGCCGGCUGCUUUACUCGGGGCUGUUGUCUCCUUUCGAAAGCAAGCAACGUUUUCGUUACCUGGAAUACGAUUACGAGAAAUAAUAAUUUGACAAAGGAUGGAAUUAGAGCUUCCGCUGGGCAGCUGUUAGGUCCUGUUGAACAGGCAAAGCCUCAGCUGUAUCAUCCGUUAGAGGACAUUUCAGAUUGUGAAGAAUCGGAUGAGAAUGGGGACGCCAUACUUAAACCUGCUGAAACUAGUCGGACUAUUAUCGAGACGAACAGCAAAGGUUUGCUUAUGUUCUCAGGUCUGGUCAGUGAUGAGGUCUAUGAGAAUGUGUUCUUGCCUGAUUUGCCUUAUGUUAAGGGUGAACAUGGAAAUAUAUAUUUCCAAGUGAAGAAUGAUGAAGAUGUUCUGCAAGCUCUUGCUUCUGGGGAUAACCUUGUGCAAGUCAUAAUAGGCUUAGACACCACAGAAAUGGUGAAUGAGAUGGAGUCAUUAGAUCAAUCAGACGAUGAUUCUGAUUUUGAGGAUGAAGAUAGUGAUUUUGAAGAUGAUGAAAGUGACAACUAUGGAAAGGAUUGGGUUUCAGUUCUAGAUGAUGGGGAUGAAGAUUCUGAUAGGUCCCUUGGUGAUUGGGCAAAAUUGGAAACCAUGCGUUUGUCCCAUCCAAUAGAUUUUGCUAAACAGCUGGCGGAUUUUGUAUCAGAGGUUCCUAUAAACUACAUGGACCAGCCUCCUUCUGGGAUUUCUAUUCAUGGCCUUCUGAGACCUGCAUUUGUUGGAGAGAAUUCAAAACAAGAAUUGCAGAAGGAUGAGAGCUUUGGAAAUGGGACUUCAUAUUAUAAGUUAGAAAUGAUCAAAAUGCAAUUGAUUUCAGCACAUGGAAAUCAGGCUUAUGUUGAAGUGGAAGAUUUUAGCAGGUCUGGACCCGAUGCAGUUGCACAUUCAGCUGAUAAAAUAAUAUCUCGGGUAAAAUCUGGUGGAGAUAAAAUGACACAUGCUUUUAAAUCGUUAUGUUGGAGAUGCAAAGGCAUUCAAGUGGAGGAGGUGGCUCUUAUUGGUGUUGACAGCCUUGGAUUUUACUUACGAGUGUGUUCUGGUAGACAAGUUGAGACAUUACGGUUCACAUUUAAGAAUCGGGCGUCCUCAGAGUAUGGUGUUGAGAGCCAGUUGAAUGGAUUGCUCUUCCCUUUAACCAUGAGCCAGCAGCUGAAGAAAGAAGUUAAACUAUGAGUGGUAUAGCAUAGAGAUGUAAAAUAACUAACAAAAACAAAUAUCUUAAUAACAU